AUGAACCCUAAUGCCACUUUUAUUCACCCUGCAAAAUUCUAUAUCAAUGGGUUUUUCAAUGUCCCUCAUGCUCAGUAUUUUUAUAUCUUCCUGUGUUUUGUCUAUAUCAUGACUGUUCUUGGGAAUGGCCUCCUCCUCUCAGUGAUUUACAUGGUCAAGACUCUUCAUACUCCUAAAUACAUGAUUGUGUUCAACCUGGCUUUGAUAGAUUUGUGUGGGAGCACUGCUCUCAUCCCAAAACUCCUGGACACAUUUUUGUUUGACAAUAGAUACAUUGCCUAUGAGGCUUGUUUAAGCUAUAUGUUUUUUGUGUGGUUGUUUACAUUUGUGCAGUCAUGGACACUUGUGAUUAUGGCAUAUGACAGAUUUAUAGCAAUUUGCUUCCCUUUAAGGUACCAUAGUAUUGUGACUAAACCAGCUAUUGUUGUAAUGCUGCUGUUUACAUGGGUUUUUUUAUUGAGUCUAAUGGCAUGCGCGGUUGGGUUACUUGAUCGCCUCACAUUCUGUGGAUCUGUAGUGAUAAAAAGUUUUUUCUGUGAUCAUGGACCAACAUAUCAUUUGGCCUGUAGUGACACAUCUUUAAAUUUCAUAAUGACACAAGUUGUUAUGACUGUAAUCAUGUGUAUUCCUCCUGUAUUGAUAGUAUUAACAUACAUUUGCAUUGGCAAAGCACUGAGCAGGAUUGCAUCAAGAGAGGAACAAUUGAAAGCUCUCAAAACUUGUACUUCUCACCUGAUUCUUGUGACUGUUUUCUUUUUGCCACUUUUGGGCACCAACAUAGCUGUACAGAUCUCCUCCCUUGACCCUAAUGUCAGGAUCUUCAACUCUACUUUGACACACACCAUACCAGCUUUGCUCAAUCCUAUUAUUUACUCUUUAAAGACAGAAGAAGUGUUAAACUCUAUCAAGAAACUUUACAAAACAAAUAGGCUUAGCAGUAUAAACUUAUCCAAAAAGGUGACAUCUUUAUCAUGGUUGCAAGUGCUGCAAUAG